AUGUCUGACAUGAGCGACUACGAAGACGACAACUCCUCACAAGCAGCGGCGGCUCCCGGUGCCGCCGGAUCACAGUUCGAUCCGAAACGGCACGCUCGGGAGCAGCACAACGCGCUGGAAAGACGGCGCAGAGACAAUAUAAAGGACAUGUACACGAGUCUGCGCGAGGUGAUUCCGGACGCGGGCGGAGAGCGAGUUCAGGCGUCACGGGCGGUCAUUCUGCGGAAGGCGAUCGAGACGAUCGAAAAGGGACAGGCGGACAACGCCUCUUUGGCACUCGGAGUGGCCGAGGAGCAGGCGCGCAACGAGCGCCUCAAACAGGAGGUAGUUGGCGGAAAAGCGAACUCAACACUAAUUGGUGCCAGUGUUUCAGAUCGCCCGUCUGAAAGCGAAAAAGGCAGCAGCGUUAGCAGCCGCCACCGCCCCCGCCAACUCUUCGAACAAGCCAUAA